GCACAGGCUUUGGGGUUGGCACAGCUGGCAGCUGCUGUACCUACUUCCCGGGGGAUGCCAGGUACAGUGCAGCCUGGCCAGGCCCAUUUGGCCUCCUCACCACCUUCAUCCCAGGCUCCUGGUGCACUGCAGGAGUGUUCUCCUACGUUGGCCCCCGGGAUGACCCUUGCUUCUGUGCAGGGGACAGCACAUGUGGUUAAGGGUGGGGCUACUAGCUCUUCACCUGUUGUAGCCCAGGUUCCUGCUGCCUUCUACAUGCAGUCUGUGCAUCUACCGGGUAAACCUCAGACACUGGCUGUGAAACGCAAAGCUGAGUCUGAGGAAGAGAGAGAUGAUAUCUCCACUUUGGGUUCAAUACUUCCUGCCAAGGCUUCUCCAGCAGCAGAGAGCCCAAAAGUCAUGGAGGAGAAGAGUAGUCUUGGAGAGAAAGCUGAACCUGUGGCCAAUGUGAAUGCUAGUAUCCCAAGCAAUAAACUGGUAGACUUGACUCCUGCCCCAUCAGCACCACCUCCUACACUAGCCAUGGUGUCCAGACAAAUGGGAGACUCCAAACCCCCACAGGCCAUUGUGAAGCCCCAGAUUCUCACCCACAUCAUUGAAGGCUUUGUUAUCCAGGAAGGAGCGGAACCUUUCCCGGUGGGUUGUUCACAGUUACUGAAGGAGUCUGAGAAGCCACUACAGACUGGCCUCCAAACUGGACUGAAUGAGAGUCAGUCAAGUGGACCCUUGGGAGGGGACAGCCCUUCUGCUGAGUUAGAUAAGAAGGCGAAUCUCCUGAAGUGCAAGUACUGUGGGAAGUAUGUCCCUGCAGAGCAAUUUUGUGGCUCUAAGAGGUUUUGCUCCAUGACUUGUGCAAAGAGGUACAAUGUGAGCUGUAGCCAUCAGUUCCGGUUGAAGAGGAAAAAAAUGAAAGAGUUUCAGGAAGCCAACUAUGCUCGUGUUCAUAGGUGUGGACCCCGCCGCAGCUCCUCUGACAUUGCCCGUGCCAAGAUCCAGGGCAAGCGUCAACGGGGUCAAGAGGACUCUAGCCGGGGUUCAGAUAAUUCCAGUUAUGAUGAAGCGCUCUCCCCAACAUCUCCUGGGCCAUUGUCAGUAAGAGCUGGACAUGGAGAUCGUGACCUUGGGAACACCAUUACAGCUCCCCCCACACCAGAAUUACAAGGCAUCAACCCUGUGUUCCUGUCCAGCAAUCCUAGUCGUUGGAGUGUAGAGGAGGUGUAUGAGUUUAUCGCUUCUCUCCAAGGCUGCCAAGAAAUUGCAGAAGAGUUUCGUUCCCAGGAGAUUGAUGGACAGGCCCUUUUAUUACUUAAAGAAGAACAUCUUAUGAGUGCCAUGAACAUCAAAUUGUGCCCUGCCCUCAAGAUCUGUGCCAAGAUAAAUGUCCUGAAGGAGACCUAAGGUGGCCCUCUUGCACAAACCAGCCGAAGGCAGACACUCCCCACUGUCCAGGUUAUAACCUGGUACCAGCCGACUUUGCAGGGAAGAAAGAGCUAUUCGAAUUAUGUGACCUUCUGUGGGGAGAUUACUGAGACAGGGAAGAGAAGUGCAAGAAUUGGUUGCUGGUGCUACAUAGUGGCAGCUUUGAUAUUUUCUUUGGGUUUCACUUUAAAAUAAUCUUUACAGUUCUCAUCAAUCCCACCUACCCCAAUCCAGUCUUUGUAACAAAGGCAGUCCAGAGAACUAGGACUGCUCAGCCUUAUCCUGGAGUGGAGCGUCUAGCCAGGGUUUUCCAAGAGGAGAAAUAUGUGUAUGGUAAGGCAGGGAAAUGGGUGGAAUGUAGUUUUGCUUCUCCAGUGGGAGAGGUAGGGUUUUUCUAGCUUGUGUGACACAAGUAGCAAAAUUCUGGUACUUUCCCUCUUCCUUCUGGAUUGUCCCACUGUAGCUGUGGCUCAGUAUUUUGUUAUCACUUAUUCCCUUAGUAUUGAAUAUUUCUCCUGCAUCCGUGGCAGGGUCACCAGCCAGGGUAGAAACUUGGUUGGAAUCUUUCUGAUUUGCUGCAGGGACUAAAAGUGUUUGA